CACCAACCGGCUCUCAGCUGACCUGCUCCUCCUCUUCAUCACAGAGUCACCUCUUCCGUCUCCUCCUUUUACAGCUCUCGUCCAUCAUGGCGGCUCUGUGGCUCCAGUCUGUCUCUCUGCUGGUCUUACUGGUCGUGUCGUGGCCGAGCUCUCAGGCCGCCACGGCGCCGCAGCACCUGUGUGGCUCUCACCUGGUGGACGCGCUCUACCUGGUUUGUGGGGACAGAGGCUUCUUCUACAACCCCAAGAGAGACGUGGACCCUCUGAUGGGUUUCCUCCCUCCAAAGGUGGGCGGAGCAGCGGCGGCAGGCGGCGAGAACGAGGUGGCGGAGUUCGCCUACAAGGACCAGAUGGAGAUGAUGGUGAAGCGAGGCAUCGUGGAGCAGUGCUGCCACCGACCCUGCAACAUCUUCGACCUGCAGAACUACUGCAACUGAUCAGCCCCGCUUCCUUUAGCCUAGCCUAGCUUAGCAUAGCUUAGCUUCUUGGCUAACUUAGCACGAACCCCCGCCCCUCUCCUCCACCUCCACCCUGGCACCAGGAGGGUGGCAGUGCUGUUGUCUCUCUUAAAAACCAACUGCUGAGAAAUGUAUGAAAUUAUUUUUCUUAGAAAAUAAAGUUUGUGAAUUGAGAUAUUAAGAAA